AUGGGUGCCGUCGGCGAGCCGCAGCACGGGCGUGCGGGCGUACCACGAGCGCAGCACGUAGACCGGCGCCUUCUCGACCAGCAGCAGCAGCGUGGACAAGACGCCUGCGUGCGACUGCUGCGCCGCCUGCAGCUGUUGCGACGCCCGCUUGGCGUCGCCGUUGAGCUUGUCCAGCCGUCUGUUGAGCUUGGUCCAGCGGGCGUACUGGUCCUGCGCAGACACCUGGUUGCGCUCCAGCUCGACCGCCCGGCUCUGCCGCAGCACCGCGGCGAGCUGCGCCGCCUGCGUGCGGUCCGUGCCCGUCCACGCCGCCAGCCAGCGGGCCGCCCGCUGUCUGUCGAGCAGCAUGCUCAGCACGAACGUCGCCACCACGACCGCCGUCACCGUGCGCAGGAACGGCUCCGCGGCGAGCCCGCUCUCCCCUAG